UCCCAAAAAAUAAAAUAAAAAAUGGGCAAACAUUCCGAGAAAAGCUUCCCUGAGACGCAUCAAGACGAUUCCCGAGUCACCCGACCGUCGUAGCUCUGCGCACUCUCCUGAGAGACAGUCACAGACGGAGAGAGAGAGGAAGAAGCCCGUCGAAGCCCGUCUGCUCUGCUCUGAAGAUAUUUGGAAGAGAGAGAGGCAGAGAGGGAGAGAAUGGCGAACCCGCCGAAGCCCUGGAAGGCGGAGUAUGCGAAGUCAGCUAGAUCGUCCUGCAAGACCUGCAAGACACCCAUAGACAAGGAGAAGCUCAGGCUCGGAAAGAUUGUCCAGGCCACCCAGUUUGAUGGCUUCAUGCCUAUGUGGAACCAUGUUGACUGCAUACUGAAGAAAGCAAACCAGAUUAAAUGCCUUGAGGAUGUUGAAGGCCUAGACUUGCUUCGGUGGGAAGAUCAACAAAAAUUAAGAAAAUACGUAGAGGGUGGUGGACCCUCUAGUACUGUUGCUGUUGCUGUUUCAGAAUGUGGCGUUGAAGUUUCAAAACUUUCUCGUGCUACUUGCAGGCGCUGCAGCCAAAAGAUUAUGAAAGGGGAGGUCCGUAUAUACACCAAGCCUGAUGGUGCUAAGGGCUUGGCAUGGCAUCAUGCUAACUGUUUCAUGGAAUCAUCUCCACCUACCCAAUUGGAGAAGUUAUCUGGAUGGGCUAGCCUUUCAGAUUCUGAUCAGGCAGCUGUGCGUGCCCUGGUUAAAAGGGUUCCUUCUUCUGCUCAAAGUGGCACAAACCUGGAGAUAAAAGAAGAUAGAGAACUCUUGGAAAAAUCUGCUUCUAAAGGUGGCUCUAAGCGCAAGAAAGAUUCUGGUGGUGCUCAGAAGUCAAAAGUUAUCAAGGCUGAAGGAGAUGUGUCUAUGAGCAGGGCUGCCUCCGGGAAAAAUGCCAACACUGCAGGGGAUGAACACGUGGAGGCAUCUGGGUGGGAGAGCAAGCUAGAGGCCCAAACUAAAGAACUGUGGGCUCUAAAAGAUGAUCUUAAGAAGCAUGUGACACCAGUGGAGUUGCGACAGAUGCUUGAAGCCAAUGGUCAAGAUUCAACAGGAUCAGAACUUGAUUUACGUGACCGCUGUGCGGAUGGUAUGCUGUUUGGAGCACUUGGUAGCUGCACAAUAUGUUCUGGUUGUCUUCGUUAUUCUGGAGGCAUGUAUCGGUGCCAUGGGUAUCUGUCAGCAUGGAGCAAGUGUUCUUACUCUACUGUUGAACCAAAACGCCUGAAAGAGAAGUGGAAAAUCCCUGAGGAAGCAACUAAUGAAUAUCUACGCAAGUGGUUUAAAUCACAAAAGAGCAAGAAACCUGCGCGGAUACUACCCCCACCGUCAUCUAACACAUCUCCCAGAAGUCAAUCUAUUAAUAGCCAAUCUCAAUCAUCAAAGAGUGAAAAUUUAGGGGAUCUGAAAGUUGCUUUUGCUGGAGUGCCUGACAAGUCCAUGGCAGAGUGGAAGAGCAAGAUAGAAGGAGCAGGUGGGCUGGUUCAUACAAAGAUCAAGAAAGAUACUAACUGCUUAGUAGCGAGUGGAGUGACGGAUGACUACAAUGCUGAGAUGAGGAAGGCAAGGAGGAUGAAGUUACCUAUUGUCAGGGAAGAUUAUCUGGUUGACUGUUUUGAGAGACAGAAGAAGCUUCCAUUUGAUCUAUACAAAAUCGAAGCCAUUGGUGAGACCUCCAGUAUGGUCACCAUCAGAGUGAAGGGGCGAAGUGCGGUGCAUGAAUCUUCUGGCCUGCAAGAUUCUGGUCACAUCCUUGAAGAUGGGAAAAGCAUCUACAACACUACUUUGAAUAUGUCUGAUCUAUCAACUGGUGUUAACAGUUACUAUAUUCUACAAAUAAUCGAAGCAGAUAAAGGUUCAGAUUGUUAUGUGUUUCGGAAAUGGGGUCGUGUUGGGAAUGAUAAAAUUGGAGGGAAGAAAUUGGACGAGAUGUCAAAAUCAGAUGCAAUUCAAGAAUUCAGACGUUUAUUCUUUGAGAAAACUGGGAAUCCAUUUGAGGCAUGGGAACAGAAACAAAAUUUUCAAAAGCAGCCAGGAAGAUUUUUCCCCUUGGACAUUGAUUAUGGGGUUAACAAGCAGAUGACAAAGAAAAAUCCAAAUGAUGUGAACAGCCAACUUGCUCGUCCAUUAGUAGAAUUAAUGACGAUGCUUUUUAAUGUGGAAACAUACAGAGCUGCCAUGAUGGAAUUUGAGAUCAACAUGGCUGAAAUGCCACUUGGGAAACUGAGCAAAAGUAAUAUUCAGAAAGGUUUUGAGGCAUUAACAGAGAUACAGAAUUUGUUACAAAGUAAUGCUCGUGAUCCUUCGGUCAGAGAGGGCUUGAUUGUUGAUGCCAGCAACCGUUUUUUCACUGUGAUCCCUUCUGUUCAUCCACGUGUAAUUAGGGAAGAGUAUGAUUUUAAGGCAAAGGUGAAAAUGUUGGAAGCGCUCCAAGACAUUGAAAUAGCUUCCAGAUUGGUUGGCUUUGAUUUUGAUAAUGAUGACUCACUUGAUGACAAGUAUAGGAAGCUUCGUUGUGAUAUUGCUCCACUUCCUCAUGAUAGUGAAGAUUAUCAAUUGAUUGAAAAAUAUCUUCGUUCCACUCAUGCCCCUACACAUAAGGAUUGGGCCCUUGAACUAGAAGAAGUUUUUUCACUUGAAAGGGAAGGGGAAGUUGACAAGUUUGCCCCGUACCGCGAAAAACUGAAGAACAGAAUGCUCCUUUGGCAUGGUUCUCGGCUGACAAAUUUUGUGGGCAUACUUAGCCAAGGACUGAGAAUAGCUCCUCCCGAAGCUCCUGCAACUGGCUAUAUGUUUGGCAAGGGUGUUUACUUUGCUGACUUGGUUAGUAAGAGUGCUCAAUAUUGCUAUACCAGUCGGAGCAAUCCUGUGGGCUUAAUGCUUCUGAGUGAAGUUGCACUGGGAGAAAUUCAUGAGCUCAAGAAUGCCACGUACAUGGAGAAACCUCCAGAAGGGAAGCACUCAACUAAAGGACUUGGCAAGACGAAGCCUCGGGAGUCAGAUUAUGUGAAGUGGAGGGAUGACGUUGUUGUGCCUUGUGGAAAACCUGUCUCUUCAAAUGUCAAGGCCUCUGAGCUGAUGUAUAAUGAGUAUAUUGUCUAUAAUACAGCGCAAGUGAAGAUGCAGUUCUUGCUGAAGGUUAGGUUUAGUCACAAGAGAUGAAGCAGCAGAGGAAAAUGCAUGUUUUUUGUUUUUUGGUUUUUUGGGGUUUAUUGUGCAUAUUUCUGUUGUUGCGUGAAGAACAUGAUUGAGACUUUUUGCGUUUGCGUCUUAUGGGACGUUGCACGAAUGCCAUCUCUCGAGUUCGUGUGGCACUUGUUUCUGUUAUCAUGAGAUCUCAUUUUGGGGUUUGUUGGGGAUCUUUAGUGUGCUUUUGGGUGCAAAUGACAUUUUGUAAAGUAUUGGAAACAAGAUGAAAUCCUUUCGUUUUUGUGUGAAAAUUUCAAAUGGUGGUUAUUGUCA